AUGCGUGUCUCUGCAUCAGCUCAUGCUGUGAUCCUCAGCCUCGCCUUUCCCUUCCUCACAACCGCCGCCGAUGAUGCGAGCUACAAUGCGUCCCUGCCCUUCCGACCUAAUAACGUGACACUCCUUCACGACCCGUACUACUGGGUAGGCUCGUACUACAAUGGAACUACCGAGUUGGAAUUGACGCCCUAUACGGGCUUAGCUGCGAACGACAGCGCCCAGUGCCCGUUGCUCGCCAAUACUACGACCACCGUACAAUAUGACACGAUCCUCGCCCUUACUGAGCCAAGCAUAUUGAACAAUGACAGCGACCCUGUGAAUGCCUUUCUCAUGCUCUGGAGCCCACCAUAUCGUCUCUCGAGCACCAUCAAUACAUGGGACGACGGCUUGGGAGCUCUCAGGGUCAACAUGACCAACUGCACCACCACAGAGAUAGUUCCCUGGUACAUUGAACCAGGCCCCUGGGCCCGGGAUAAUAACGGCAUCUUUCAGCCUGAGUGGCCGGCUAUGACGGUUAGGCUAGAGUUCGACGGCGAGACGGCAAACUACACUAUUCACGGGUACUUCCAGAGCCAUCGAACCCACGGCAAAGACGAGGAUCUAUUCUACGGGGACCCUGCCGAGGGGCAGUUCACGCUGCGCUUCGCGGGCGUUCUGGAUGCCUACCAUUCGGACAUCCUGGCCAACGACACCGCCACCCCAACCUGGCUGCGUACCGUCGGGUUCAACAAUAACUCGCUGAAUAUUGGCUACACGGGGGCUGCAGGGAAGUCAAUGUCCGCCGGGUCGUCGGUGGCAACGGCUCUCACCGCAUUGGCCCUGACGCAGGUGGUGCAGUUCCUCUUUUAA